CUUCCUGUGAUUGUUUGUGUGGCACGGUGAGAGUGAAACCCUGCAAGUCGUAUAGGCUCACUCACACUGGUUAACUGGCAGCUUGUGGAAGUGCUGUGUAGGACUGAUGUGGACAGUACAUAGCAGGCAUUCUCCCCGUGGUCUUCCUCUCCACUGCUGACUCUGAAGCCAUGGACUAGAGUGCUGUGUCUGGUCCUGACAGUCCCGUGGUCAUCAGAUGGCUUCUCAACAACCCGCAGCAAAAAUACAGAAAAUGAGAACGUGAAGGCUGGCGUCCACCAAGGCCACCGCUGCACCUUGGGCAGCGCACACACAUGAUCACAUGACUCUGGACAUGGAUGCGGUCCUGUCAGACUUUGUUCGGUCCACGGGGGCAGAACCUGGUCUGGCAAGAGACCUGUUGGAAGGUAAAAACUGGGACCUCAGUGCUGCUCUAAAUGAUUACGAGGAGCUCAGGCAGGUCCACACUGCCAACCUGCCACAGGUCUUCAACGAGGGCCGAUACUUUAAGCAGCCAGAGACGCGCGACACGCCCACCCAUGUCAGCAGGAACGACAGGCCAUGUGCACAGAAGCAGGAGGACAAUGCACAAGAGAAGCGUCUGUCCCGAGGGAUCUCUCACGCCAGUUCUGCUAUCGUGUCCCUGGCGCGGCUGCAGGUGGCCAAUGAGUGUACCAGUGAGCAGUUCCCUCUUGAGAUGCCUAUCUACACAUUCCAGCUACCAGACCUCAGUGUGUACAGUGAGGACUUCAGGAGUUUCAUAGAGAGAGACCUGAUAGAGCAGUCCACCAUGAUGGCUCUGGAGCAAGCUGGUCGUCUGAACUGGUGGUCCACCAUGUGCACCAGCUGUAAGAAGCUGCUUCCUCUGGCCACCACGGGGGAUGGAAACUGCCUUCUGCAUGCUGCCUCUUUAGGGAUGUGGGGCUUCCAUGACCGAGACCUGAUGCUGAGGAAAUCCUUGUACACCAUGAUGAAGAGUGGAGCGGAGAGAGAUGCUCUGAAGAGGCGGUGGAGGUGGCAGCAAACGCAACAGAACAAGGAGUCAGGCCUGGUGUACACUGAGGAGGAGUGGGAGAGAGAGUGGAACGAGCUGCUGAAGUUGGCCUCCAGCGAACCUCGCACUCACCUCAGCAAAAACGGCAACACCAGUGGAGGUGUGGAUAACUCUGAGGAUCCCGUCUAUGAGAGCCUGGAGGAGUUCCAUGUGUUCGUGCUGGCCCAUGUGUUGCGCAGGCCAAUUGUAGUGGUGGCCGAUACGAUGCUCAGAGACUCGGGAGGAGAAGCAUUUGCUCCCAUCCCUUUUGGAGGCCUCUACCUGCCCCUGGAGGUGCCUCCAAGCCGCUGUCACUGCUCACCUCUGGUACUGGCCUACGAUCAGGCUCACUUUUCUGCACUGGUGUCCAUGGAGCAGAGAGACCAGCAGCGAGAGCAAGCUGUUAUCCCCCUGACUGACUCCGAGCACAAGCUGCUGGCACUCCAUUUUGCCGUGGACCCUGGCAGGGACUGGGAGUGGGGGAGGGAUGACAAUGAUAACACCAAGCUCGCCAAUCUCAUCUUGUCUCUGGAGGCCAAACUCAACCUGCUGCACAACUACAUGAAUGUAACGUGGAUUCGAAUUCCAUCUGAAACAAGGGCUCCACUGGCUCAGCCAGAGUCUCCCACAGCCUCUGCAGGUGAGGAUGUCCAGUCUUUAGCUGAGUCCAUGGACUCUGACCGUGAGUCUGUCGGCAGCAACUCUAAUGUCAACACUGGCAAGCCCAGUAAGGAGAACAAAGACAAAGACAAGCAGCGCAAGGACAAAGACAAGAGCCGAGCUGAUUCUGUAGCCAAUAAACUAGGCAGCUUCAGCAAAACCCUGGGAAUCAAACUGAAGAAGAACAUGGGAGGUCUGGGUGGCCUGGUGCAUGGCAAAAUGAACAAAUCUAAUUCUGGCUCAGGUCGUAGUGGGGAGAACGGAGGGGAAAAGGUCAAGAAGAACAAGACAGUCAAGGGAAGCAAGGAGGAGUCAGGUCAGUCCACCAGCUCCACCUCUUCUGAAAAGGCCACUAGUCCCUCUCCUACUGACAGGGACAGACCCUCCAGCUCCUCCCCCACCGAGAGACAGGACAGCGCAGGGAGAGUCUCAGGGGACAAGACCAUGGAAAACUGGAAAUAUAGCACCGAUGUCAAGCUAAGCCUCAACAUCCUGCGGGCUGCCAUGCAGGGGGAGCGCAAGUUCAUCUUUGCGGGUCUCUUGCUCACCAGCCAUCGCCAUCAGUUCCACGAGGAGAUGAUCAGCUACUAUUUGACUAAUGCCCAGGAACGAUUUAGCCAAGAGCAGGAGCAGAAGAGGAAGGAGGCCGAGAAGAAGCCCCCUGCCAAUAAUGAGGUGGCCGCAAAAAAGCCUGAGCAUGAGAGUGUCUUCCAGAGGGAGAGAUCGGACAGCUCGCCUCCGGAGAGCUGCUCUCCUGUCCUGCCCCAUCACACCCACUCUUACAGCUACAACUCACAGCCUCCGCUGGGUCCUAAGAUGCAGGGCCGGAACAGUCCCACUCCCGCAGCCACCCUCAUCUCUGUCCCAGUGCCUCCCCUCACACCACCUACAGCCUCGCACCACGUUCCUCACCCAGCCCCAGCCCCUGCGCCUUACUCCUCCCCCAGUAUUGGUGCUAAGAGACUUGGGCCUGUUCCUGUGUCUGCCCACUACAGCCAUACACCGCCCAUCCAAAGGCACAGUGUGAUUCACAUACAAGAUGUCAACAUGCAAUCCUCCAUCUUCCAAGCUGACCCCUAUAAGCCUGUGGUGGGCACACUAAAGACAUGCGCUACCUACCCCCAGCAGAACCGCACGCUCUCGUCGCAGAGUUACAGCCCCGCUCGCCUGUCAGGGGUGCGCACUGUUAACACCAUGGAGACGCUGUCCUACAACAUGCCGGGUGAACACAAGUCCCACACCUACACCAACGGGUUCGAUGCGGGAGACAUUCAGGAUUGCCUGGAGUUUGCUGACGAGGACAACUCGUCUCACACCUGGCUCAACCAAGACAAAACCAAAGGGCGGAGCUCUGGAAGCCCUUUGUACUGCUUUCAGCAGCGCCGCUGCAAGAGGGAGAACUGCUCCUUCUACGGCAGGGCAGAGACAGACAACUACUGCUCCUACUGCUACAGGGAGGAGCUGAAACGCAGGGAGAGGGAGAGCAAAGUGCAAAGGCCUGCAUAGCCAUCACCGCCACUUCAGCAUCACACAUCAGCAAGGCCAAAGGAGACUUGAGGGAACAACACCAUCUGCACUCUGCAUUUAGAAUACCAUGAUGGCAAACAUUUUCCUAUUUUGUUGAAGAAUGCUCUUGUAUCCCUGUCACCCUUCCCUUGUUGGUAAAGGUUAUUACUUUAUGAUGGGGGAAGCAGAACUUGACACAGUGAGCAGCUUUGGCCAGAUCUUGUGCUACUUUAUUUUUAUUUCUGUCUCACUGAAUUUAAGUCUUUUACUUGUUUUAGAGUAAAAGUCAUCUCUGCAAUGUAACUCUCUGUAUGUGAGGGAAAGUUCUCUAUUUAUUUUUUUUUAUUUUUUUGACGUUCAAAUGUGGAAGGAACAUUUUCGCUCUUUUAAUCAGUUUGAAUGCAAUACCUCUACUUGGUUCCUCAAAAUCUGUGGACAAUUUGUAGUUGUUUUGCAAUCAUAAUAAAUUUGAUGGGAGAAUAAUAUUAGACUUUAAAGCAAUAAAUUAGUGAUUUUUGCUA